AUGAAAAAGAUGACCUGGUCUAAGGUAUCCCGUGAUACCCUUUACGAAUGCGUAAAUGCUGUGUUGGAUGCUUCUAAGGAGAAGAAGCGUAACUUUUUAGAAACAGUGGAAAUCCAAAUUGGAUUGAAGAACUAUGACCCACAGAAGGACAAGCGUUUCUCCGGCACCGUCAAGCUCAAGUACAUCCCCAGGCCCAAAAUGCAAGUGUGUGUGCUUGGUGACCAGCAGCAUUGUGAUGAGGCCAAGAGCCUAACUGUACCAUGCAUGGAUGCUGAAGCUUUAAAGAAACUGAACAAGAACAAAAAGCUCAUUAAGAAACUGGCAAAGAAAUAUGAUGCUUUUCUUGCUUCGGAAUCACUGAUCAAGCAGAUCCCUCGUCUGUUAGGUCCUGGUUUGAACAAGGCUGGCAAGUUCCCUGGUCUCCUAUCUCAUCAGGAAUCCAUGACUCAGAAGAUUGAUGAAGUCAAGGCAACUAUCAAGUUCCAGAUGAAGAAGGUACUUUGCCUGUCUGUGGCAGUUGGACAUGUUGGUAUGAGUCCCGAUGAGCUGGCUCAAAAUGUUCACUUAUCAAUCAACUUCUUAGUGUCCCUCCUUAAGAAACACUGGCAGAAUGUCAGAUCCCUUCAUAUGAAAUCUACAAUGGGACCACCCCAAAGAUUGUACUAA